AUGGUUGUAAUAACUUUGCACUUUGUGGCUGUCGCCGUUUUUAUCCUCCCGACCCACCCGGGAGGUGUUCUCUGCCUGCCGGACAGCUUGAACCUUCACAAAGAGCAGCAAAGGUCAAACAAACCUGGGGAAGUGCAGAUGUUCAGCCAGUCAGAGCUAAGGACCAUCGAGCAGUCUUUACUUGCCACGCGUGUGGGGAGCAUUGCUGAACUCAGCGACCUGGUAUCUCGAGCGAUGCACCACCUCCAGCCCCUCAACGCCAAGCAGCACGGGAACGGGACACCGAUGCACCAGAAGCAAGGAUCGCUCUACUGGGAGCCGGAGGCUCUGUACACCCUCUGCUACUUCAUGCACUGUCCGCAGAUGGAGUGGGAAAACCCCAACGUGGAACCGUCAAAAGUCACGCUACAAACAGAGAGGCCGUUCAUUGUGCUGCCUCCCCUGAUGGAGUGGAUACGGGUUGCCGUGGCUCACGCAGGGCACCGUCGCAGUUUCUCGGUGGACAGCGAUGACGUACGGCAGGCAGCGAGGCUCUUACUGCCGGGAGUUGACUGCGAACCUCGACAGUUAAAAAUCGACGACUGUUUUUGUGCAUCUCGGAAACUGGAUGCAGUUGCCACUGAAGCCAAGUUCAAGCAGGACCUGGGUUUCCGGAUGCUCAACUGUGGCCGAACGGAUCUGGUUAAACAAGCCAUAUCCUUGCUGGGGCCGGAUGGGAUUAACAGCAUGAGUGAACAGGGCAUGACUCCACUGAUGUAUGCUUGUGUCAGGGGUGAUGAGGCUAUGGUGCAGAUGCUGCUAGAUGCUGGAGCAGAUCUGAAUGCUGAGGUUGUCAGUACUGCUCAUAAAUACCCAUCCGUCCACCCUGAGACCCGCCAUUGGACAGCUCUGACAUUUGCUGUGUUGCAUGGACAUAUUCCUGUAGUUCAGCUGUUGCUGGAUGCAGGAGCAAAAGUAGAAGGUUCCUUGGAGCACGGAGAGGAAAAUUACUCCGAAACUCCUUUACAGUUGGCAGCAGCUGCUGGAAAUUUUGAACUGGUCAGUUUGCUGUUGGAGCGAGGAGCUGACCCCAUGAUAGGAACAAUGUACAGGAACGGCAUUUCCAUGACUCCACAAGGUGACAUGAACUCUUUCAGUCAGGCUGCCGCACAUGGACACAGCUGCGCCAGCCGCAACAGCAAGGCCAAGCUGAAAGCCCUGAAGGAGGCCAUGUACCACAGCGCCGAGCACGGCUACGUGGAUGUGACCAUUGACAUAAGGAGCAUAGGUGUUCCCUGGACGCUGCACACGUGGCUGGAGUCCUUGCGCACAUCCUUCCAGCAGCACAGACGACCCCUCAUCCAGUGCUUGCUAAAGGAAUUCAAGUCCAUUCAGGAAGAAGAGUACACAGAGGAGCUCAUCACACAAGGGUUGCCUCUGAUGUUUGAGAUACUGAAAGCCAGCAAGAACGAAGUGAUCAGCCAGCAGCUCUCUGUCAUUUUCACUCAUUGCUAUGGACCCUACCCUAUUCCAAAGCUCGUUGAAAUUAAGCGCAAGCAGACCUCUCGCCUAGAUCCUCAUUUUCUUAACAACAAAGAGAUGUCAGAUGUUACAUUUCUGGUGGAAGGAAGACCAUUUUAUGCACAUAGAGUGUUGCUAUUUACUGCCUCACCAAGGUUUAAAGCAUUGCUGUCUAGCAAGCCCUCAUCUGAUAGUACUUGUAUUGAGAUCAACUAUGUGAAGUACCCCAUCUUUCAGCUGGUUAUGCAGUAUCUUUAUUAUGGAGGUGCAGAGUCACUCUUGAUUAAAAAUAAUGAAAUUAUGGAGCUUCUCUCUGCUGCUAAAUUUUUCCAGCUUGAAGCUUUACAACGACACUGUGAGAUCAUUUGCGCAAAAAGCAUUAAUACAGAAAACUGCGUGGAUAUUUAUAAUCAUGCCAAGUUUCUUGGAGUCACCGAACUAUCUUCCUAUUGUGAAGGCUACUUUCUAAAAAAUAUGAUGGUCCUCAUUGAAAAUGAAGCUUUCAAACAGCUGUUGUAUGACAAGAACGGAGAAACGUCUGGUCAAAAUGUACUACAAGACUUACAGAGGACGUUGGCCACAAGGAUUCAGUCCAUUCAUUUGUCUUCUUCAAAGGGCUCCAUUGUAUAAAGCUGAGGAGGACGGUAACCCUCUAAUAAAGACCCUGCAAGUUAAGUCUGCCGUUGCAGUUGCUUAAACCCAUUGCAGUUGCUUAAACAACUACAAAAAACAAAAUUUAAAAAUUCUACUUUGCAUCCAAAUAGUUCUGUGUUGGCCGAAGGUGCUGUGCUGGGGCUGCUGCCCUGUUUGGAUGAGGAAAUACAGAAAACAGUGCUCCUCCAUGUUUUUGAGCAAACAGGGUACAAGAGUAUCCAGUGCAUCGCUGUUGUACUCAAAUUCUGAACACACGUGUGUGGUCGUGGACCUCGAUGCCAACAAAAGCCAGAACUCGCAUCAGUGAACAGCAGAAGCGCCUGCCUGAGCGGUGGUGCCGGAGAGCACCCGAAUUGACCAAUUAAUCAUUUAAGGCAGAUUUGUUCCAGUGUUACACAUUUAAGAACUAUAUCUAUCCCGGAGUCCAUUAUCUCAUGCAUUUAAGAAAUGUAAGAACUGUUAUUGCUGUCAAGCAAAGAUCAACUGUAUUAGAGAGUGGGUAAGGCUGUUACAGCUGAGGAAAUAUACCGGCAGAUUUUUAGGGGUGGGAACUUUUUAAAUUGUUCAUAAAAAAAAUAAUGGGGUGGCCUUGUAGUUUAAAAACUAUUUCUUAAGCUUAAAAUUUCAUUUUCGACAGAGCUGUGUUUGAAAAUCUAUGUAACAUGUUUCGGGUUUUUUUUGAAUGGUAAAAUGUACAUUGUGCAAACAUACAUAUGAUCAAGUUUUGCUUGUAUUCUUUCCUAGGGUGGUAUAAUCUUGCCUAACAGGCUAUGGUUACACCAAAGAGGUACAUUACCCAGACUAUCUCUAAUACAGUAGUUGGGGGGGUGGGAGGGGGCGGGCAGGAGAACUGCAUGCUACUUGUGAUUUGGGGUUAAAAACAAUGACAAACUCAACAUGCAUUUGCAUGGUAACUGUACCUGUGAAAUGUUACGUUCGUGCUUCGUUUCGCCAAGACAAAUGCAAUGUUACUUCUCGUCAAACUUCAUUUGUGAAAUUAGCAUAUUUUUUUAUUUGGUGCAAUUGGUUGUGAUACGAUACCCCCAGAGACCCUUCUCGAGAUGCUGAUUUCUGUUUGUUACAGUGAAGGGACAGUAACAGAUCUUUACUUCAGUAGUGUGUCAAUACUUUGCUACUGGCCAGAGAUUGUGUCCGAGUUAGACUUUUUUAAAUUAUAAUUAAAUAUGUACUAUAGA